AUGGAAACUGCUCUUCACGUGGCAGCAGGAGCCAAUCAAGCUGAGUUUGUGGAAAUGUUGAUCGAUGAUAAUGAUCGUAUAGAUUUGACUGUUCAAGACGCACAUGGCAACACAGCCUUUUGUUCAGCUGUUGCAGCUGGGUCUAAACGAAUUGUCCAAAAAUUUCUCACUCUCACACAUCUGGUUCCAACUGAUUAUUUCAUCAAAACUCGUGGUGGCCAAAAUAUGUGUCCGUUGUAUAUUGCUUCUUGGUUUGGACAGCCUCAAAUAGUUUCACUAUUGUAUCAAGAUAGUAUUAGUAAGGCUGAUAUAGAAGUUGGUGAAAUAUUUGGGAUAUAUUUCAACUGUAUCCAUAAUGACAUGUACGACUGGGCCAUAAAAAUGAUUGAAGAUAAUGUUGACCUUGAUAUCGCACACUGUUGGGAUACAACUGAAGAAUCUGCUUUGCAUGUUUUGUCUCGAAAACGACCUUUGGAUUUUACAAGCAGUCCACAAGCUAAAACGAUAUGGAUAUAG